UCGGCAGUUGGAGACGUUGGUUCAGGUUGUGUGUGUCUGUCUGAGUGGGAGAUGGACUGAGUGAGGGCGCUCUUUCGACCAGUGCUGCCGAUAGCAUUGAAUUGCCCAUAAGCUAGGUUGAAAUAAUUGACGAUUCCAGGUCGCAGAAUCCACCAGAAAAACCCAGUACCAUUAUCAGUCUUUCGCAUCCCACUCCAAACACACUAACACGGCAUUGAUGGUAAUGUAUGCAAGGAAACAACCGAGACUCGGCGAUGGGUGCGACCGAAGAGAUUCUCAGCCCUAUCAGACUCUCAAAUACUCGUCAAAGAGCCAUCCAGGAGGAGACCACCGGCAUGAAAAGAUGCGAGACUCUUCAGAUGUCACUCCUCCUUGCAAAAUGGUUCGGAGGUCUGACAGCCCUGAAAACAAACAUAUCGACAACACAGGGCACAGCAGAGCAAAGGCUGUCCACGCACACCGGGCCAGAAACAGAGAUGGAGGGACCAGUUAUUCCCCUCAAGAAAAUUCUCACAACCACAGCUCCCUUCAUAGCUCCAACUCCCAUUCAAACCCCAGCAAGACCUCAGACACAUCUCACGAACCUGGUGAUGACUGGUCCGAGCACAUCAGCUCAUCUGGAAAGAAGUACUAUUACAACUGCAGGACAGAGGUGUCCCAGUGGGAGAAGCCCAAAGAGUGGCUUGAAAGGGAGCAUAGGCAAAAGGAGUCAACUAAGACUGCGGUUGUCAACAGUUUCCCCAAAGACAGGGACUACAGAAGGGAGACUAUGCAAUCAACGGCAGCCCCAACUGGUUCCAAGUCAUCCCAAGUAGAGAAGCCCCCAACAACUAUUGCUACCCAGUCCCAGUCAUCCUCCUCAAGCUCAGGGAGCUUGAAUCCCUCAUCGGGGCCCGCUGGAUCAUCAGCAUCCACGGUGCCUGUGUCUCCAGUCCUGCAGUCAUCGGCUCCUCCACUACUCCAGGACCCCACCCUGCUUCGCCAGCUUCUCCCAGCACUUCAGACUGCCCUGCAGCUCAACAAUGCCAGUGUGGACAUGGGGAAAAUCAAUGAAGUCCUCACAGCUGCUGUCACACAAGCUUCAUUACAAUCGAUGCUCCAUAAGAUCCUCACUGCUGGACCAUCGGCUUUCAAUAUCACUACUAUCCUCUCUCAAGCUGCCCAACUCUCCAACCAAGCAGCUCAGCAAUCAAACCAGUCACCAAUGUCGUUAACAUCGGAUGCCUCAUCCCCUAGGUCCUAUGUUUCUCCAAGGAUCAGCACACCGCAGACGAAUGCUGGUCAUCUAAAGCCCCUUCUCAGCACGCAGUCUAUCAUCUCACAGACAAAAGUGAACACACCAGCAGUGAAGCAGGCGUCUCAUCCACAGCCCACAUCCCAGCAGACCCUCUCUAGCGACAAGCAGCACAGUUAUGAUACCACCACGGCAUCCCCGCGCACUCUGCAGCGUCAAGGCAGUCAGAGGAGUCCUUCUCCAGGUCCCAACCACGUCGCCUCCAGCAGCAGUAGCAGUGCCAACUCUGCCUCGGCUCCUCCCACCACCUCAUCGGCUCGGCCCUGCUGCUCCUUCACCCCCACCGCCUCAUCAGCUCGGCCCUGCUGCUCCUUCACCCCCACCCUCGCUGCUCACUUCAAUGAGAAUCUUAUCAAACAUGUGCAGGGUUGGCCUGCUGAACAUGCGGAGAAACAGGCAUCAAGACUACGUGAAGAGGCGCACACCAUGGGGAGCAUCUGCAUGUCUGAGAACUGUACUGAGCUCAAAAACCUCCGGUCUUUGGUUAGAGUCUGUGAAAUCCAAGCAACAUUGCGUGAGCAGAGGAUACUGUUUUUGAGACAGCAAAUCAAAGAACUUGAAAAGUUGAAGAAUCAGAAUUCUUUCAUGGUCUGAGGACUUCUGGUGGAGUGAUAAAAAGGGGGGAAACACCCAUUGCACACAGUUGGAAGCUGGCAAGAGAGCAGUUGUUCAGUUCCUCUUGAGCCCAGUCUUAACACACACAGGAGCUGUAGUUGGGUCGCCUUUGGACCGCUGGGCUGGGAAAACCCAAGUGGAGAAGAAAAAAAAAAUGAAGAGCUGCUGUGGAAGAAGGGGGAGGAUGGGGUUAUUUACAGGUUUUGUAAAAAACCCUUGACGGGGAUGUAGAUUUCUUGUAGAUGUUAUUAUCUAUGUUGUAAAUAUGUUUUGUAGAUUGAAGCCAUGGAAAGCCAUGCCUAUCAAAGCUUUUGACAUCCAAACUAAUCAACGCGAGGCGGCCGUGUUCAACAGCCAGCCCUGUCUUCAUGUUAACACGUCUGCAGACUUCAAGCUUCGUCCUUCUCCGUUCGUAGAUCAUUGAACCAUUGAGCAUGUAUGUGUGACCUGCACGUAAACAGAGGAGGAUGUUUGAAGCCAUUUAUUUACACAGAAGCCGAGCAUAAAGCAUAACACACUGGUGUCAAAAGUGUUCCCGCCCCCCUCAAGUCUCUGUAAACUGACAACUGUCUCGAUUCUCUUGCUGUGCCCUCUCUGGCUGAACUGUGACAUGUACUCAGGCGUGGUAAACACCCCCCUCUCUGCAGGUGUGUCCUUGGUGCUCUCUAUGGUUCAGUGAUCUAUUUGCAGCUUUUGGUGGCGCCUGCAUUUCCCAGUCUGAAAAAAAGAAAAACAACAGUGCCUGGUGGUGUGAUGGAGUGACUAAUUAAAAAAGAAAAAGGAAAAAAAAGACAAAACACAUAUAAAAGAAAUUAGAGAUGUGAUGGCGUGCUGCUUUGGACCAUUCCUACUGCCCUGCCCUGCUGCACUAUUUCCUCAGGCUACAUCCAUACUUUAGUUUUCCUUUAAAAACACAAAUUGUGGCAUUUUAGAGCCACAAAAACAGACGCUGCGGGCUCCAUUUUUGUUUGAAAAGGUUAGAGCUGCGUUUUAAUAUAUACGGGCCAAAAUGGAGACCUUUGGGAAUGACUCAAUGAAACGCUCCAUUAAAAUACUCAUUUCAGUUUCAGCUUGUGAUUCUCAAUGGGAAUCCUUCUUUUAUUCUACCCUUGUUUUCUCAUAAGCAAUUUUCCAGCAAAUUAGUUUUAGUUACUUUAUUAAUGAAAUGAAGCUGAAACGCUCGUCUGGACGCAGAUAUGUAGUAUGGAUGUAGCCUCAGACCUCCAAUACUUCACACCCUCCUGUUGAGGUUGUUUAUCUCCGUGUGUGUGUGUGUGUUCUCCAACAGUUUUGGUUCUCCCCCCUCGCCGACUUUCUAAGCCGAGGUGUUACCACUGGUUCAUUCCUUUGUACAGUCGCUAACGUUUGAGAGGAUGCAGAGCGAGAAGGUUUUAUUUAUAACAGUUGUAGUGAUCAAUCACAAAGAUGUCAUGCAUUCUCAUUUGCGCCCAGUCCAGGUGUGUUUAUCACAGGUGUUCAGUUCAGUCAGCGCAAGACACAGAAGUUACGAGGUCAAAUGUGAAAUGUAUGUAUUGUAAUAAACAUAUUAAACUAAA